CUGAAAUGGACACUCUUCCCGUGGAGAUCCUCCUCACCAUCGGUAGAUAUGUCUCCGACGUACAGGACAAGCUACAACUGCUGCAAGUCUGCCGACGUUGGCGCGCCCUGCUCCUCGAGGUCGCAUACAACCACCUCGAUAUCGUGGGGUCUCGUAUCCGGCCCCUUACGGAAGUCGUACUGGCCAACCCGCUGAUAGGAUCCGCCAUCCGAGGGUUAUCAGUCCAGUGGUGGGAUGCGUACAUCGAGUCCCACCCGCAAAGGCAAAGUGAUGACCCCCUGCCGCAAAGGGCGGAGGAGCUGGUAGUGCAAAUCAGCAAGUCGCCAGACGAGCGGAAAGACUGGACUGAGAAUCUCCGUGGUGGAAACCAGGAAGCUUGGCUUGCCCUUCUUCUUGCAUCAGUGCCAAAUCUUACUGCGUUGUCAGGGCAAUACGUUGAAGACGCGCCAAGAGUGACGCGGGUUGUUUCGCGGGCUGCGCGCAAGGAACCACCAUUUGACACUAGGCCGGCCCUGCAGCGGUUGGUGACGCUUUAUAUCCACGCUGAGAAUCUGAAAGAAGCCUAUCCGCACUGGCAGUUCCUACCAUUUUUCCAUCUACCGUCUAUCAGGGAUGUGAACUUGGGCGCAGUGAAUGAAGCCAGAGAAGGGCAGAGACUGGACCACGCGGCUGUGGGUUCCGCGUCCGGCACUGCACCUGUGGAAUCACUGUCCCUGGAAUAUUCCUGCAAUGGAAGAAAAGGAAUGGCGGAGUUUAUCACCUCAUGCGCCAAUCUCAAGCAAUUUAAAUACCAGCAUGACCGCCAGGAGAUCUGGGGAGAGUCAUACAUCGAAUUUCAGCCCCGGAGGUUCUACAGGGCGCUCUUGACGCAGAAGCACAGCCUAGAGGUGCUCCAUCUGAGCGACCGUGGGGAGAACGAGACUGAUACGGAUUAUUUGAGCGAUGACGACGAGGAGAAUGACGGACCGCAAGCGCAAGACCGGUGGUUUGGAUCUCUGGCGGCAUUCAGCAGGCUACAGGAUCUUCGGAUCCGCGUCCAGAACCUUCUCAACUACCAUGACCGCGAUAGAGAUGAAUCCGUCGUGCUCAAGGACGUUCUACCUUCGAGUUUGAGAUCGCUACAUAUGGCGGAAUGCCGGGUGACGCACUGUGCAGUGCUCGUGCCAAAUAUACAAGGUGUUCUUGCCCAUUACAAGGAGCAGUUCCCUAGCCUAGAACAAGUGUCUAUCUCCUCUGCGGUAGCUGAAAUUAUACCGGAAUUCCAUGACAUGAGCGGCUAUCAAAGUCAGGCUCGGAUCCCGGAGUCAUUCAGAGAAAUAUUCGUGAAAGUCGGGGAGAUGUGUGACCGCGUCGGUGUAGAAUUUGAAUUGACGCUGGAUGGGUCUUAUCGGAUAGUUUGAGCUUCUCAGAGCCUCCGUGCUGUGGAUCUCUCGCUGGCGGUCUCUUUACGCCGCGGAUUGAAACAUAAAUGAUGCUUCUGCAAAAGCCAGCACAGCUCUGAGAGUGCUGUAGGUGAUCCAGGUGGAAUUGGCAGUGUUCAGCCCAAUCAAUCCCCGUACAGAACGGCCCCGAUUCCGCCGUCCAUAAGUUUCAUUGGAUCCUGUCUUUACAAUGUCUUGCACAGUAUAUACAGUCAUGCAGCCCAGUUUCAAAUGCCUUCCUCACGACCAGGGCGCUUUCGAUGGUUCAGGGAAGAAAAGAACAAGAUAAUAGCACCU